GUCGCUAGAAUUAGGACCAGGCUGCACCUUUUCGAGACUCCUCCAUUCUCUUUUUCCGUGAUGCCACACACUAACACCAGGGUAGACUCUCCACGACUAGGACGAGAGCUCAGCAAUGUUGGAUUUUAUCUCUGGGCUCGUGCUUUAUUUCCAACCUGGGACACAAAAUGUCGCCCCAGUCACUGAGCAGACGCGAAAUGAGCGACUGCCGGAACUCUGGUUUGCUGAUAUCCCUCAGUGCACACUACAAUGCAUCUACCCAUUGGCUCUCGAGUGUGGCUGCGCAUACUCCGACUUUAAGUGCAUUUGCGAAUCUAUUAGCGAAAUAACAGAAGAUGAAAAGGUCGAGUCCUGCAUCUCCCUCUGUCCUCAUAACCAGGACCAACGAUGGGCACCUUCUCGAAUUCUUGACUUUUGUGGACUCUUAGACGUUGAUGUUUAUCUCCCGGAAUAUAUGGGCCAAUUUGCGGCUUUACACAGACGACAAGCUGUCGACAGUGGUUCUUUCUGGCCAUCUUCAGUUGCGUCUUAUAGUGAUUAUCCCGCUUCCGACCAUUCUUACGAGCCUACUUCAUCCUAUAAUGGGACAACGGUGAUAACCACCUCGACCUCGACUGCAGUCGAACAAACCGCAACCAACACCAACACUGACACAGUAACGCACCUAAUUACUUCAGCACCAACUUAUACCAACCCAUCUAGUAAUAACGGAUCAGGCGAGUCUCCGUCGUCGUCAUCCUCAAGCGGCCUCUCCACGGGCGCAAAAGCUGGAAUAGGAGUCGGCAUACCGAUAGUUGCCAUAAUUCUUGUUCUGGGCGUAUUCUGGUUUUGGCGCCGACGAAAAGCGUCCCAAGACAUUGGCAGCGACAAUAUCCCUGAAGUUGGCCAACAGCCAAAGAAGUUUGUGCCUUUUGGCGGCGUCGAUGGCCGUUUCGAAGUCGAGGGAGGAUCACUACCGGCGGAAGCUGAUGGGAAUCCCCUCAAUGAAGCGGACAGUAGAUCGAUACUCCCCUCACCCGAAAAUCAGAAUCAGCUCACGACAUCUCCAAUCUAUGAAUUAAGUGGCAAUUCAGCUGCUGUCGCGCCUCCUCCAGCAGCUCUCGUUCCCCAGAGACGGAAUGAGUCGUUUAAUGGACAGUAUUCAGAGACAUCUUCGACAAAUAUAUCGCGAAAAGCAGUUGGAUCUCAUCCUCUCCAGGCAGGGUCAGAACUUGAGAGUGGUAAAGUAUCGUCACCCAGUAAGCCGGCUAGUGAUGUUGUUGAUAACGUGCUCGCAUCGCCUCGACUUUCCGAGAAAAUCAAUACUACAGAACAGUUAAACUCAGAGCAAAAUGAGCAGGAGACAGAAUCAAAUGCACGCACGUCUGCUAGCAUCGAACAGAAUGACCUGCAGCAGCUAGAACAGGAAAUUGCGCGUGUGCGAGCGCAAAGAGAGCGCCUACAACAUUUGCAAAUGUUAGAAGAGAGGGAAGAACAACUAAAGAGCCAAAUCGCUGCGAGAAAAACAGCGGAUUCGACAGAAUAAUAUGGUUAUGACCGGUGUUAAAGAUAUAUCCAUUGCUUAUUUAGCC